CCGAAGCCACCCCUCCAACACCAUUGCUUACCAAGGCAUCCGGUCUUGUUACCUAUGCGAGCUGGAUGCUAGACCUGUCUCGAUCCAUCGGGGAUGUGUCGCUGACAUGCGGCGAGGAGGACAUAGCUGGUAGCGAUGGCUACACGGAGACAGUUGGGCGGCGGGCGAGUGCUGGGCAGCGGAAAGGACCUCGCGCCGCCCCCUCCGCCGCCCAAGGCAGUCGCUGUCUCUACCCGCCUCUACCGACAAUGAAGAUCUUACGAGCCGAGUCGCGCUGGACGAGCAUGGCUCAUCACAGGCAGCAGCCGCGGCAAGCUCGAGGAUGGUGUGUCCGAUUUGCAACGAGGAGAUGAUGACGCUUCUGCAGCUGAACAGACACAUCGACGACAACCAUGCCAACCUUCAAGAAGUCGAGCAGGACGAGGCCAAGACAUGGUUCAGACAGCAGAUGAUCAAAGCGAAGAAAUUCCAGCCGCUGCAGAUGCUCAACCAGAAACUGCGCGGUCUGGAGGUGUUCGAGUCAAACAAUGACCUGCCGCCACCAAGCGUGGCAACGCCACCACCUCAGGCCAGUCGCGGAGCAUCGCCAGCCCCUGCGCGACCUGCGGAGCAUACGCCGGACCCGGACGAGCUGAUCAACAAGUCUCACUGGCAACGACCCUCCGCACACGAUGCCUGCUCGGAUCCGCUUUGCGGGAAACGGCUCGGCGGUAACGCUGGCCAAGUCAACUGCAGGCAUUGUGGAAAGCUGUUCUGCGAUGAACACACCUUGUACCAGAUGAAACUCUCUCGAUCGGCGCAGCAUGAGCCGGUGCGCGGUCUUUGGUACCGAGUCUGUGAGACGUGCUACAAGAGCCGCGAAGGCUACAACGACCACAAUGGCCGCGAGCGAAAUCACUUCGAGUAUUUCAAGUCUGCACGAAGAAAGAUCGUUGAUAAGCAGAAUCUGGAGACUAGCCGGUUGGAGACAAGGUUAACCCGCUUGACCCAGCUGCUUGCAGACCCACCUCCACCGGAGCCCACCCAAAGCGCCAGCAAGCUACUAUGGUCUUCAUUUUCUGGUAACAAGGCGCAUACUCGUGCUCUCGAGCAGUCAGUCGUGCCAUGGCAGGAAGAUGCUGACGUGCCUGCCUGCCCUUUUUGCCAGCAACCAUUCUCGCAGUACGGUCUCAGGAGACAUCACUGCCGAAUAUGUGGGCGUGUUGUGUGCGCCGAUCCGGCUACAUCUUGCUCGUCCGAGGUUGGGUUGGAUGUCGAUACCCUCACUGACAGUGUCUCAGAAAAACCCGUCGGUAAAGUCGCAGUCGAUGUGCGUAUGUGCAAGGACUGCCAGCGAACCAUAUUCAGCAAAGCCGACUUUGCGCGCGAGCUUGACGCGCAGUCGCCAGACCAGCGCGCAUACCAGAACCUCGUGCAGUUCGAGCACGGCGUUCGUUUACUACUACCACGCUUCCAGCGACUGACAGCAUCCUUACAAGACCCAGAGAAGCCGCCAACAACGCAGCAGCUUGCCGAGGCGAGCAAAGUCCGCAAGCGGCUCACAGACGCCUUUACACAGUACGAUGCUGCAGCGAGGCGUAUACGUGAUUUGCCAACCGAGAGUCCGACCCAGCAACGCUUGCAAAAAGCCGUUUACCAGCAAGCCUACAACUUCCUGCAUGUUCACAUGCUUCCCUUGAAGUCUCUGCCCAAAGUGAUGCGGAAGGCCACUACAUCUAGCCCUCUCCGCAGCCCUCCGCUUACGAACGGGAAGCCGAAGGGAGCGAUUGCCUCCGUCCUGACAAAUGGCGCAACGGAUCGUCCGAGCAGUAGCCGCACGAGCAGCAGUGUCAGCUCCGCGCAAAUCACCGCCUUGGAGGCUGAAGAGAAGCAGCUUCGUGAGCGCCUGAUCGUGCUUGAGGAGCAGAAGUUCUUCGUUGAGGGGAUGAUCGCUGAUGCGAACAAGCGGCGCAAGUUCGAUGAGGUGGCGGCGCUGGCGCAGAAUGUUGAAGACCUCAGUAAGGAGGUUGAUCAGAUUCAGGGGCAGUUGGCGGGGAUGGAUUUUGCCGGGGCUUAUGGGGCGGAGGGCGGUUGAAGGCCGGGAGGAAACGGAGUCAAACUAUACCAUGAGCAUGAAAGAUGCAGGCUUCCGGGAAGCAUUGGCUGUCGGCUUAUAGACGCUAAGUCAUACAAGCGCAGCACUUUUGGACGCAGACGCUUCAGAGACGGAAAGUUGCAGGCGUCGUGCCACAUGGAGGCUAGCGCUACGCCGUCCCUUUGAAAGGAGGACGGUGCCACAACUUCGGCGAGCGGGUGUG